AUGGGAUUGUCUGUGUCGCGCUUGCUGUCGGGCCUCUUUGGCAAGAAGGAGAUGCGCAUUCUGAUGGUUGGUCUUGAUGCCGCCGGUAAGACGACCAUUUUGUACAAGCUCAAGCUCGGUGAGAUUGUGACCACAAUCCCUACCAUCGGUUUCAACGUCGAGACAGUGGAAUACAAGAACAUCUCGUUCACCGUGUGGGAUGUCGGUGGUCAGGACAAGAUUCGUCCUCUGUGGCGCCACUACUUCCAAAACACGCAGGGCAUUAUCUUCGUGGUCGACUCGAACGACCGCGAGCGUAUUCCCGAGGCGCGUGAGGAGCUGCAGCGCAUGCUGAACGAAGACGAGCUGCGCGACGCUCUUUUGCUUGUGUUUGCGAACAAGCAGGAUCUGCCGAACGCGAUGAACGCGGCGGAGAUCACGGACAAGCUGGGUCUUCACAGCCUGCGUCAGCGCCAGUGGUUCAUCCAGGCCACGUGCGCGACGAGCGGUGACGGUCUGUAUGAAGGCCUUGAAUGGCUGAGCACGAACUUGAAGCGCCGUGGUUAG